GAAGUAAACUGGAAAACAUGUUAGCCUCAACUUUUCGUCGUAUUGCUGGAGUUUCCGCACAAAAACUGACUCAACUUGCCCCCAGAAGCUGCGCCCUAGGCCACAUAUACUCCAAGGCUACCAUGUCGCAGGCGACACAGUAUCCACCCAUUGAGACGGCCAUGAGAAAGGCGCUCACAACGGAACUGAAACCGGUGUUCCUGGAAGUUAUUAACGAAUCGCCCCAGCACAAUGUGCCCAAGAGGUCCGAGUCCCACUUUCGAGUGCUGGUGGUGUCGGAGAAGUUCAAUGAUCUAACUCUAAUCAAGCGCCAUCGAUUGGUCAACGACACAGUGAAGAACGCGCUGACGGCAGCCGGUUUUGAGUUCAUGCACGCUCUUUCCAUUGAGGCCAAGACGCCGAAGCAAUGGGAGCCUGAGCAGGAACCAGAGAAGAGUCCGCCGUGCCUCGGCGGCUUUGGCAAGUAAAACGAAGUG